UGACUCGUUUAAUAGCCACCCAAAUUUCGACCCCUCGAAUAAUUAGAAAAUAUGAAACGCUCGAUUCUUGUUAUCCUCUUUUCGGGUUUGAGAUUCUAUUUGACUUGAAGAAACGAAUCCGGAUUUCGUUGAUGGCUUCCUUGAUUUCUACUUCUGAUUCUCCGAUUAUCUCCUUCUCCGUUAUUUUCCGUCUGUUUUCCGAGAAAUCGUUCAGGAGGAAAUCCACGAGCUUUGAAUUUCGAAGGGAUUGACGCUUAGCUUUCUGGGGAGAAUUUCGUUCCAUCUUUUUUUUGUUUUUUUUUCUUUAUAAUGGCGUCUGUUCGUGGAUUUGCUUCGUUGACCGAACUGAACUUAACCUAUCUGCCGCCGAUUUCCCUUCGGCGAAGCCGUUUUCAUCCCCGAAUUCAUCUGAGAUUCUCUGCGAAACCCAGUUUGAGAAUUCGCUGCCACCGGACUUCUAGCUCGCCGGCCCGGAAAUUCCGCGAACUCAGAUUAUCCCGCUCUGUCGAACUCGACCAGUUCAUCACAAGCGAAGAAGACGAAGAAAUCAGCGAAGGGUUUCUCGAGGCGAUAGAGGAACUAGAGAGGAUGGCAAGAGAACCGUCGGACAUUCUUGAAGAGAUGAACCACCGGUUGUCUUCGAGGGAGCUCCAACUUGUUCUGGUCUACUUCGCGCAAGACGGUCGAGAUUCGUGGUGCGCACUCGAGGUUUUCGAGUGGCUGAAUAAAGAAAAUAGGGUUGAUGAAGAGACGAUGGAGCUCAUGGUUUCGAUAAUGUGUGGCUGGGUGAAGAAGCUGAUUCGAGAAGAUUGUGAUGCAGCCCAAGUGUUCGACCUAUUGAUCGACAUGGAGUGCGUUGGCUUGAAACCCGGAUUCAGUAUGAUCGAAAAGGCGAUUGCUUUGUAUUGGGAGACGGGGAAGAAGGAAGAGGCGGUUUUGUUUGUGAAGGAGGUUUUGAGUAGGAGAGACAAUUCCGCUGACUCUGUUCGUGGAGCUGAUGGCGCAGAAGGAAGAAAAGGAGGGCCGACUGGAUAUCUUGCUUGGAAGAUGAUGGUCGAUGGCGACUACAAGAAAGCCAUUGAUUUGGUUAUGGAACUAAGACUCUCGGGUCUAAAGCCAGAAGCUUACAGCCACCUCAUUGCAAUGACAGCCGUUGUGAAAGAGCUAAACAGCCUUGCCAAAGCUCUACGCCACUUGAAACGCUUCACCAAGGCCGGUUUAGUAGCAGAACCUGAUGAACACGGGGCAGAACUCAUCGAGAAGUAUCAGUCCGAUCUCAUAUCCAACGGCCUAAAACUGGCCAGCUGGGCAAUUCAGGAAGGCCAAGACUCUUCCUUUCUGGGUGCAGUCCAUGAGAGGCUCCUUGCCAUGUACAUAUGCGCGGGCCGUGGGCCUGAGGCAGAACGUCAGCUAUGGGAGAUGAAGCUCACGGGAAGAGAACCCGAGCCAGAUCUCCACGACAUUGUUCUGGCGAUCUGCGCUUCACAGAAAGAGGUCAACGCAGUUUCACGGCUACUGGCACGGGUUGAGUUCAUGGCAUCGACAAGAAAGAAGAAAACUUUGUCUUGGUUGCUCAGAGGGUACGUGAAAGGAGGGCACUUUGAAGAAGCUGCUGAGACGUUGGUACGGAUGAUCGACUCGGGUUUGUGCCCUGAGUAUAUGGAUCGAGCGGCCGUGAUGCAGGGGAUAACGAGGAAGAUCCAACGGAGAAGUGACGUGGAAGCGUAUAUGAGUCUCUGCAAGAGGCUAUACGAUGCUGGUCUGGUCGGACCAUGUCUCGUGUAUCUGUUCAUGGAAAAGUAUAAGCUCUGGAUUGUGAAUAUGCUGUGAAAGGAAGCGGAACCUCUGCAUUGGCCUGAGACAUACAAUCAAGAUACUCGUGUUUGGUCGGAGGGCUAAACCUUGUCCGGAGGUUUUUACCUUUUUUUUUGUAUGUAAAUGUGUAUGUAAUACCGAAUAUAUAUUGUGUAGGAAAAGGUUGGUAUAUAUAUCUAUACACAGUGGUAUAUUUAUGUAAUGAAAGUUCCCUCUGUCUA